AUGAAUGGAGACAUUAUAGAAUGUACGCGGGACACGUCUGUGGCGUUCAACAUCACACAGAUAAUAGAACCACACAUUCACACAGUCAACAUCAGACAGAUUCUAGAACCACACAUUCACACAGUCAACAUCACACAGAUUCUAGAACCACACAUUCACACAGUCAACAUCAGACAGAUUCUAGAACCACACAUUCACACAGUCAACAUAACACAGAUUCUAGAACCACACAUUCACACAGUCAACAUCAGACAGAUUCUAGAACCACACAUUCACACAGUCAACAUCACACAGAUUCUAGAACCACACAUUCACACAGUCAACAUCACACAGAUUCUAGAACCACACAUUCACACAGUCAACAUCACACAGAUUCUAGAACCACACAUUCUUACAGUCAACAUCACACAGAUUCUAGAACCACACAUUCACACAGUCAACAUCACACAGAUUCUAGAACCACACAUUCACACAGUCAACAUCAGACAGAUUCUAGAACCACACAUUCACACAGUCAACAUCAGACAGAUUCUAGAACCACACAUUCACACAGUCAACAUCACACAGAUUCUAGAACCACACAUUCACACAGUCAACAUCAGACAGAUUCUAGAACCACACAUUCACACAGUCAACAUCAGACAGAUUCUAGAACCACACAUUCACACAGUCAACAUCAGACAGAUUCUAGAACCACACAUUCACACAGUCAACAUCACACAGAUUCUAGAACCACACAUUCACACAGUCAACAUCAGACAGAUUCUAGAACCACACAUUCACACAGUCAACAUCACACAGAUUCUAGAACCACACAUUCACACAGUCAACAUCAGACAGAUUCUAGAACCACACAUUCACACAGUCAACAUCACACAGAUUCUAGAACCACACAUUCACACAGUCAACAUAACACAGAUUCUAGAACCACACAUUCACACAGUCAACAUCACACAGAUUCUAGAACCACACAUUCACACAGUCAACAUAACACAGAUUCUAGAACCACACAUUCACACAGUCAACAUCACACAGAUUCUAGAACCACACAAUCACACAGUCAACAUCAGACAGAUUCUAGAACCACACAUUCACACAGUCAACAUCACACAGAUUCUAGAACCACACAUUCACACAGUCAACAUCAGACAGAUUACACAACAAAGAGGAAAAAUGUUCCAACACGUUCUUGGACCCAUAUGUGCAUUGAAUCAAAAUCAAGGAUAGAAAAUAGACAGAAGUAGAAUGGUCUAAAUGUACAUUUCAACAGGUAUUCAUAGAAAAAUAAAAAGAGGAAAAAGCCAAACUGAGAAAGGAAACAUUUAAAGUGAAUUUAUGAAGCACUGAUGUUUAACAGUGUUAAGCUAUGUCUGGACAAGACUCAAGAGCAUUUUGCAUAGGUGGAGUGGACUUAGCUGCUGUGAAAACCGUUGCCUGAUAACCUGAUAUUCAGCUAACCUACAUACAUACAUACAGUAGCUGCCAGCACCAAAGCUCUUUUGAUGCCUGCCCCUGUUGUCUUGAUUCCACUCUGAGAAAGCUACACCUUUAAUUGGACUUUUCCCUCUUGUCAACCUAAUAACAAAAGUAACAAUGAUACCGUAAAACAAACAAUAAAAUAA